AUGGCUCGCGACGAUGCCCCUCCCCCCGCCAAGAGGCAAAAAAGCUCCCUGCCUGGUCCCCUCCGCGAUGCAAAGCGACAGGAAGUAGACAACUGGGAGACGAACCGAAUGCUGACUUCUGGAGUCGCACAACGACGAGAAUACACCGGCGACUUUUCCCCCGAUGACGAUGAAGGAACGCGAGUGCAUCUUCUCGUCCACGACCUGCGGCCGCCAUUCCUCGACGGACGGACGAUAUUCACAAAACAGCUAGAGCCGAUUUCCGCGGUGCGCGAUCCGCAGAGUGAUAUGGCUGUGUUCAGUCGUAAAGGGAGCAGGGUUGUGCGCGAACGACGGCAGCAGCGUGAACGACAGAAACAAGCACAGGAGGCUACGAAUAUGGCCGGAACGGCAUUGGGUAAUCUUAUCGGGAUAAGGGAGGAUGAGGGUGAUAGUGCUGUGGCAGCGCCGAUUGAGGAUGUGUACAAAGGCGGCAAUAAGUUUGCGCAGCAUCUGAAAAGGAAUAAAGGCGGGGCAAGCUCGUUCAGUAAAAGCAAAACAUUGCGUGAGCAAAGAGAGUAUCUCCCGGCUUUCGCGGUAAGAGAGGAUUUGCUUCGAGUGAUUCGAGAUAAUCAGGUGGUUGUUGUUGUGGGUGAGACUGGUUCGGGGAAAACCACCCAGUUGACGCAGUUUCUAUAUGAGGAUGGAUAUGGGAAAUAUGGAAUGAUUGGCUGUACACAGCCUCGUCGAGUUGCAGCCAUGAGUGUGGCAAAGCGUGUUAGUGAGGAAAUGGAUGUUGAUUUGGGGGAUUUGGUGGGAUAUGCGAUUCGAUUCGAAGAUUGUACUAGUGAUAAGACUGUCAUUAAGUAUAUGACUGAUGGUGUCCUUCUAAGAGAGUCUCUGGUUCAGCCAGAUCUCGACAAGUAUUCUUGCAUCAUCAUGGACGAAGCCCAUGAGCGAGCUCUGAAUACAGAUGUUCUCAUGGGCUUGAUCAAAAAGGUAUUGACCAGGCGAAGAGAUUUGAAGUUGAUUGUAACAUCAGCUACCAUGAAUUCAGAACGGUUUUCUCGGUUUUUUGGCGGAGCUCCUGAAUUCGUCAUUCCCGGUCGAACAUUUCCGGUUGAUAUCCAGUUCUCACGCUCUCCGUGUGAAGAUUAUGUGGACAGUGCUGUCAAGCAGGUCUUAGCCAUCCACGUAUCACAAGGCCCGGGUGAUAUAUUAGUGUUUAUGACCGGACAAGAAGAUAUCGAAGCAACUUGCGAACUCGUGGAGCAACGGCUGAAAAUGCUGAAUGACCCGCCCAAGUUAAGUAUCCUUCCAAUCUACAGUCAAAUGCCAGCCGAGCAGCAAGCAAAGAUUUUCGAACACGCACCAGCUGGAGUACGAAAAGUCAUUGUGGCAACCAACAUUGCCGAGACAAGUUUAACUGUGGACGGAAUCAUGUACGUGGUGGACUCUGGGUUCUCGAAAUUGAAAGUGUACAAUCCCCGUAUGGGUAUGGAUACACUCCAAAUCACACCUAUCUCUCAGGCAAACGCUGGUCAACGUGCAGGGCGAGCAGGAAGGACAGGACCGGGAAAAGCGUUCAGGCUCUACACUGAGCAAGCGUUCAAAAACGAAUUUUACAUUCAGACCAUACCCGAGAUCCAGCGAACCAGCCUGGCUAAUACCGUCCUCUUACUGAAAUCCCUUGGAGUCAAAGACCUUCUCGACUUUGAUUUCAUGGACCCCCCACCGCAAGAAACCAUCACCACCUCUCUAUUCGAAUUAUGGUCUCUCGGUGCUCUAGACAACCUAGGCGAACUAACGUCCCUAGGUCGUCGUAUGACGCCAUUCCCCAUGGACCCUUCACUCGCAAAACUCCUCAUCACUGCAUGCGACGAGUAUGCCUGCAGCGAGGAAGUAUUAACAAUCGUAUCCAUGCUCUCCGUCCCCAACGUCUUCUUCCGCCCGAAAGAACGACAAGAAGAAUCCGACGCCGCUCGCGAGAAAUUUUUCGUGCCCGAAUCAGACCAUCUAACACUCCUGCACGUCUACUCCCAGUGGAAAUCCAACGGCUACUCCGACGCCUGGUGCACGCGCCACUUCUUACACUCCAAAUCCCUUCGCCGCGCCAAAGAAAUCCGCGAGCAGCUCUACGACAUCAUGACCGUACAAAAGAUGAACCUCGUUAGCUGCGGUACCGACUGGGACGUGAUCCGCAAAUGCAUUUGCUCGGGAUACUACCAUCAAGCAGCAAAAGUCAAAGGAAUCGGCGAGUUUAUCAAUCUUCGCACCAGCGUUACCGUGCAGCUGCAUCCGACCAGUGCCCUCUAUGGACUUGGCUAUGUGCCUGAUUAUGUAGUCUACCAUGAACUCAUCUUGACAAGCAAAGAGUACAUGUCUACCGUGACCGCAGUCGACCCACACUGGCUCGCCGAACUCGGUGGCGUCUUCUACUCGGUCAAAGAAAAAGGCUACUCUCACCGCGAAAAACGCAUUACAGAGCACGAAUUCAACCGACGCAUGGAAAUCGAGACACAAAUGGCCGCAGACCGCGAACGCGCGGCAGCAGAGAAAGAGCGCGAAAAGGAGCGCAUUGAUCCCGCGCGUCGGAAGAUGGAAAUUGAAGUCGGUAGUGGGUUGGGGAAGCCAGCGCGUUCGGUGGUUAAGAAGCCCGUUAUUGUUGGGAAUAGGCGAGGUGCAGGGGGGUUGACGGCGUCGUCGUCUGCCAGUUCUGUAAAUGGGGGGUCGAGUGUGGUGAAGAAACCGGCGCCAGUGAGGAGGCCUGGUGGGAGGGCUUUUUGA